GAGGCUAUCGAGACCAGAGGCCACCCUGUAGACACGGAGAGAGCGAGAGAGCGCCAACCUGGGAGCGUCUGGGAGAGGCAGUGAGAAAGACACCAUGAAGUACUACUGCGCGCUCUUGCUUCUCUCUUGUGUCCCAUUAAGUAGCCAAUUGUCCACGGGACCAGCAGCAACAUCACGCACCCGUGAUCGCCGUGCCCAAAAGUCACCCUCUACUACCAGCGGUGCUGUGAGCAGCGCCGGCAAAACCAAGCGGCGUACACGAAGCGAUGAUAUGGACGAGGUCACUGCUCAAAGGAUGCAAACGUUGAAGCGCCUUCUUCCUGGGCUCGAGGCAGGCCAGCUCGUGUCGCGGGCUCCUGCCCUUCUUGGAAGUACUCAGUUGGAAGAGAUCGUGCCGCGGCGGAUGGCGGCCAUGUCGAGCCUACUCCCGGGUGUGGAUGUCCUAAGGCUGGUGAGACAUAGCCCGGCCCUGCUGCUGUACCACGAGGACACCCUGGCGCCGAGAAUAGAGUUCAUGAAGCGACUUUUCCCAGAGAGUCCCAGGCUUCUCAGCAGGGCACCACUCUUGCUGACCCACGAUCCGGAGACAUUCCUAAUGCCCAAGAUUCAUCAGCUCGAAUCGCUUUUGCCGGGGAUAGAUGUUCUGAAAGUUGUCAGGACUGAGCCGACGAUUCUUUACUUGGACAUUGGAGGCUUGGUAAAACGACGGUUAGAAAGCCUGUCCGAGCUGUUGCCGGGGCAUGAUGUUAGUGUCUUGGUGCGGAAAGUCCCGCGUCUUCUGACGACUAACGUCUCAAGCCUGGCGCAGAAGAUGUCUAGCCUGAGGUGGCUCUUGGGACCCGACGCUGACCUGAACCGGAUCAUCCACCGGAGACCUGCUUUGCUCGUUUCUAAGAUUGAGACAACUGUGGCCGCUAAGUUUCAGCAGCUGCAAGACCUUUUCCCCGACGCUAAUGUGGUGUCAAUGGUGGAGAGCGACGCCACCGUUCUACUGUACGACUACACAAGCGUCGGUGUGAAGGUGGACUGCUGGCGAGAACGCGUGUCCAACGCAACGGAGCUCAACCAGCUGAUACAAGACUACCCCUUGCUGCUGUCGUAUAGCCUCGAUACCUCCGUAUCCCGCCUGGACUUCCUUAUUGAGACGACCGGAGUGAAGCCUCGCCCUGCAACAAUGCGGACCACGGUCCGAAUGGCGAAGAGAGAUUGGCUGGCCGUUCAUGGCGUCAAGUACAGAAAGUUUUUGGAGCGCAAGGUUGAAGGGCCGUCGGUACUUCGACUGUGGCCCGGGCUGUACUUCGACAGUGACACGGGAAGCGGCAACGGGUCUGGCGGAAGACUCCUGAAAGGGGAAGGCAUGUCGGCGAAGCUGCAGGAUGACGGGUCAGUGGAGGUCUCGAGCGCCGCAGAGAUGAAGGAGGCAAGCGCCUACAUUAAGGCUCUGGAACGAAAGUACGGGAAGAUCAUCAAGGAAACCCAACUUCGGUUCACUCCGGCCGUCAGACGAGGGAAGUUGGGCGAUAAUCCGUCGGAGGUGGAUAUGAUCCUCUACGACAUCAAGUCCUUCGAUCAGCAGGUUCGCAAGCUGGCGACGGGGUAUCGCCUAAAGAGAUUCAAGGAGCUACUACCAGGACUUGACACGGAAACACUCUUCACCGAGUACCCGAAUGUCCUCCUCAUGGACCUUAAGAAGGUGGAGGACAAGGUCGAGGAACUGCGCGAAUUGCUGCCAGGGGAACGCGUCGCUGGCGUGGUGUCCGUUGCCCCCGAUCUUUUGCUCAAUGACGUGCAGACCUGUUUGCGACCUCGCAUGACCCGACUUGUGGCGGCGCUUACCACGGUGAAACAGUUCCAAGGCGUGUUGGAUGCCGAUAAGGUGAGGGCUAUGGUGGUGAUCUGCCCGCACCUGCUUCUCAGCGACGUCCGGAAUGUCGUGGUACCAUCCUUGCAGUAUAUGCUGCAAAGCACCUCCGAUCAUGACGAGCUUGCGACGAGGCUGUUCAGGGACCCAAGCCUCCUCGUUGUUGGGGUUGGUCCAUUAGCGCGCCUACAGUACACCCUGGAGCAACACCGAAACGGUAGCGCCUCCAUCGCCCUGGGAAACCUUGGAGCCUAUGUCGGUCCAGAGGCUGCUUUAACAGCAAGCCACCAUCCGACUCCAUGGGUCGGCGCAGGCAGCGGGAAGGCUGCUACCGGAGGAACGUUUAGCCUGAGACGCCCCAGCACGAAGGAUGAUGCGUCGUCGGAUGUGCAUCUGGGAGAGGACCAGUCCAGGCUGCUGCCGCCAGUCAUUGUGCCUCAGAUUCUCAAGUGCCAAAUGCGGGAUUUCAUCACCCGCAACCCAGAGUACGUCUCGUUCUUGGCGCAACGGCAAGGCUUAGAUGUGUCCAGCAUGUCACACAGUCCCGAAGGGGAUGACCAGUCGGUGGCAUUUUGGGAGCGAGCGGUGGGACGUCGCCUGUCGGAGAUGUUCAGGCCUGUGGACUCCCCGUACGCGCGAGAGAUGAGGGAGGCUCGGGCGAAUGGAAAGGGGCCGGAUGGGCAAAAGGCCCCCCCGUUGAGCGAGCUUGAUAUGUUAAUAGGCGACGUGUUGCACUUCAACGACAGGAUGACCGUGCUUGCGUCGAAAAUUCAAAAGAAGAUGCCGCAAACCGUCGACGUUGGCGAAGAAGCGAAGAAGCUCGCCGAAGAUGUCAAGUGGGGCAGCAGGCAAAUCAAAAGACUCCUGGGUUUGGGCUCAUGGACCGAACAAAACGUUGCGACACCGCACUCUGAGGUGCAGGUUGCGGAGAUUCCCUCGCAAAACGCGAACGAUGCGUCCAAAAACGUUUGCAAUCCAAUGUCGACCUUCCCACAAGGAAAGCGGCGAGGGAAGAAACGACGGUGGGUCUCAGACACCUUCCAAAGUCUAAUGGGGUCUGUUGGAGGAAGUGCAGCUGGUGGCGCCGACGCGAUCAAGGUUGCUACAGCCGUGGAGGUGUCUGUCAAGGAUGGGGGCAACCGAGAAACCGCACAGGAGUUGGAGAGGCUGCUGGGGGAGGUUAGUAGCAACGAAGGUCGCUUGGACAACCUGCUGGACUUGUCGUCGUCGAUUCCAGACAAUACUGACGAUUCGUCUUCUCCUGCGGAAGACGGUGGAGGGGUCUCGGGAACCACCAGUACCGCUACAGACGGUAGCUCCGCAGAGACACGAUAGUGACGUCUUGGUUUCUGGACGUUGGGGACAGAAACAAUAGUGACAACUUCCAGGCCACGUGUGAUUGCUUAGAGCACGUGUAUGUAUCAAGAUGUGUAUGUAUCGAGCAGGCGUACGUGAUUCGUCUGCUAGCGCUUGUCGGAGGUUGACUGUGAAGUCCGACCGACCGUUAAAUUCCUAUUGUACAUCGUUGACAUGUGAUGUGGUGCGUUGCUAAUCUGUGAAUCUAUGAAACAGGAUGCCUAUGCCGUGUUGUGAAGAGCUACAGAUUGGUGUAAGCAGACGGUGUGGUUUGCGAUUUCGACUGUGUGUGGACACAACGAGUCCAUCGUGGUUGCCUCUUUGCGUUUUCGUUCUUGCUUAGUUCCGGUUGCGUGUUGUAAACUGUAAAGUUGUAGUGUUGGGUUGCCGAUCGACAGAUUUUGGAAUUGGUACAUGAUAUCUUUAUUCAGAAGCGGAAUUUGUUCUCCCCUCGAUCCCAACUAGCUGAAUGAUAGACUGUUUGCGCCGGUAAAUCAGGGGAUGACUACCAAUGUGAUGACUGUGCAAUAUUCCGCUACCCCUCGAGUAGACGAUAGAUGAAUUGUCUGCAGCGAGUUGCCCUUCUUGUGAUGUCCACGUUUCCCAAGGUGAUCAGACCGUGGUCCUUUGUACUGUGCUUUCUCGUGGCACACGCUCUGCCUCGACUACUACACCACAACAACGAACCGUCAGGCAAGAGUGACC